GACCCAGACCUGACAUAUGGACAAAUAAAUGUUCUACGUCUGCUGUGAUCAGAGCAUCAGAAUAUGUUUGUGGUACAAGAAAACUGCCCUCUUUGUCAGCUCCUCCAUCUGGGUGUCACUGAGAAUACCUUACCAUGGAAAAAAAACAUGGGGAGCCUUCUGUGUGCCAUUCUAUACAGCACUCAUUUGGAGCAGCACCAUAACUUUCAGUGUAUACGUAUCUGCUUCCAACUUAUGCAACACCAGAUUUAUUUACGGAACUGCUGAAAUGGUGUGCAAGGAGAACCUGGCAUUGCAGACUGCUAGCUUUUAUCGCUGUACGAACAGACGUUCUCCAAUGGAGCCUGAAGAGGACAACAGCCACGCUGCCUUGCUGGAGAGGAGAGCAGAAGAUGGAGAUCCCUGGGCGUGUUUUCUACAAGGACAGCAGUACUAUGAAGAGCAAAAUGCUCGUUUCGCUAUACACCAAAUACUCCUCAUUUGGUGCACUCUCUUCAUCCUUCUUUCCCAGGGGAGGUAUGAAGAAGCAUUAAUACAGUUUGAAAAGAUCAAGGAUACGGAUUUUCAGGCGCUGUAUCAGCUUGGUGUAAUGCACUACGAUGGACUAGGCACUGAUAAGGACCCCGAAAAAGGAGUGGAAUACAUGAAGAAAAUACUCAACUCUGAUUCCCCAGAAGCGAGACAUUUGAGGUUUGCGGCUGCAUACAAUCUUGGCAGAGCGCAUUAUGAAGGGUAUGGCGCUCAGUGUUCAACCGAAGAGGCUGAAAGGUUGUGGCUUAUUGCUGCAGACCAUGGGAAUCCAGAAGCCAGCGUAAAGGCCCAGAGUACUUUAGGGAUGCUUUAUUCCAUGCCAGAUCUAAGAGAUCUGAAGAAGGCCUUCUUCUGGCACUCAGAAGCAUGUGGCAACGGAAACCUGGAAUCACAGGGUGCGCUUGGUGUUAUGUAUCUCUAUGGACAAGGUAUACGUCGCAACACUAAGGCUGCUCUGGAGUGCUUGAAAGCAGCAGCAGAAAGAGGAAAUGUCUAUGCUCAAGGCCACCUUGUGGAAUAUUAUUACAAUAGAAAAUUCUUCUCAACAGCUGUUGCCAUAGCCAAAAGGACUACAGAAAAUGACAACGUUGAGAUGCUAGCAACGCUGACUGAUUGUCUCCCCGCAUAUAUAGCCAAAGGGAUUGCUAUGGCUGCUUUCUACUUGGCUAGGUGCCUCCAUCUCGGCCGAGGCAUAGAGAAAGAUGAAGCUGCUGCUAAAAAAUACUAUUCUAAGGCGUGCCUUCUGGAUCCUGCUGUUGCUGCUGAUCUUGAACUGAAAGCUAAUCUUGGAAGAAUUUAAGUGUUUCCUUCAGUUCUGGCAGAACCACAGAAGAAAAGACAUCGGUGUGGAAGCAUGUCUCUAGGCCACACGAGGCCCAUUUCUUCUAUCCUUCUUCAUAAUGUGAUUACGCUACCUCUGUAUUAGAAACAGCUGGAAGACCUUUUGGUUAGGACUGCAUAUGUCUGAAUAUGUUACAGUGAAUCUUUCAUCAUACGACACCACUGGGAAGUUUACUGAUGGCUGUGGUAAGCCUGCACACUUCUAAAUACCUGCUUACUUGUUAAGCGUGGUACAUGUGGGAAAGCUUCCUAGGGCUGUGCUGUCACUUGAGAACUGUUCAGCUCUGUCGCAAAAGGAGGUGAGAUGUUAAUAAGAACACUGAUUUCACUGCAGCAGAUGGGUUACACUGAAUUUGAAAUAAAGUAGUGAAUGGCACCCAGAGCUUUUUGAUGUUUAAUUACUUAGAUGGGCUUUAAGACCAUAUUUACACUUUUUUUUUUCCACAUAAAUUUAAAAAAACAAAAACACUGAAGACGUUUCUUUUUUCCUUCCUUUGUAUAAAAUAAAGAUUUGAAGGUUGUCUGAAACCGAGUAAAACAGCCCUGAGUAAUAUCAGGGAAGCUAUUGGAAUAGUGUAAUUAUUAUCUACUUAGUCAUUCACAGAAGCAGUUUGUAAGCACUACCCGCUGACCUCACGUUUAGCACAGGCAUUCUGGUUGGAGAUAUCAGUUUAAAAUACGUAUUUCAGACACAGACUUCAGUAAGUCUAAAACAUAAGUAUUCCUUAUGAAACGGGCACUGUCAGACUCAUUCAGUAGUGGUUAAUACAGCCUAAUCAUUGAGUAUUUAAAUUGAAUUUUCUUAUUUAUUGCUUACAAGUGCUUCAAACUACAGGAAAUCUUUGGUAAAAACAAAAUUGAUAAAAUCAUCACAAUAGCUUUACAUGUAAUAUUGCACAACAAGGCUUUUUCAAUGCACGAGAAAAAAGGAAUGCUCAGAUCCUCAGCGAGGAGAUUAGAACUGUACAACAUUCAUUAGUUUACCACUAUAAGCAAAACUUCUUUUCAUAAAUGUUUAAAAUAGCUUCUGGUUUCUUUGAGCUUAUAUGAACAUUUAUUUUUUCAAUCUAUAUUUCAAACAGAAGAGUAGUCAAAUAGAACAGUUUAAAUAAAAAUUGGCAACUAUACAACAUUGUUUUGUCUACCCUACUACAGCAUCAGAUCUUUUCAAGUAUGUUUACUUCACAAAAAAAAAAAAAAAA